ACAAUAAAUACACACUCAAACUACACACAUUUUUACAAACUUAACAAUUCGUUAUUUUUUGCUAAAAAAUUAUUAUUAUCACGUCUUUUCCGAAAAUGUUCGCAAAGAUUGUUGUUGCCGCAUUGGUGUUCUGCGCUGUCGCCACUGAUGCUCAGGUCAUCAGUAUCGGAAAAUGCGCGCCCGUUACCGUCAAGCAAGACUUUGACCUUUCCCAAUAUCUGGGAAGAUGGUACGAACAGCAGCGCUAUUUCACCAUCUUUGAAAUCGGGUUGGACUGCGUCGCUGCCAACUACAGCCUUCGCGCUGAGGGUGACGUAAAGGUCAACAACACCGGCCGCCAGAGCAACGGCCAACCUAACACCGCUAUUGGCCGUGCGUAUGUUCCCGACGCCAGUGUUCCGGCCAAGUUGCUGGUUAAAUUUAACGAAAAUCAGCCGGCUGGAGAUUACUGGGUGAUCGAUACGGAUUACACUGCAUUCUCAGUUGUAUACUCUUGCCGCAAUCUCGGACCCUUCAAAAGCGAGUACUUAUGGCUUUUGAGCCGUGACCGUUCGGGUUACACGCCCAGCGUCGAGCAGCGCGUGGAGCAGAUCCUCCAACAACAACACAUCAGUCCGAAGCCACUCAAGCCCGUUAAUCAGCUCAACUGCCAAGCCUAACGGAAACUCUACUGUUCGAUUACUCAGUAUAUGAGGAAAAUCAGCAGUUCCGAUCAGCUUGAACAGUGUUUUGUUGCCAUGUAGCACUGUUUUGGGACGUUGUAUGCUUAUGAAUUUACCAAUCAUGCUGUAGAGCGGCAGAGAAAAUGCUGCAUGAAAACAAAUAAAGUUGGUUUAUCAAG